GCGCCCCCGCCAGACUUCAACAACGACUUGAUCAAAGGCCUGGCAGCAUCGACGAACAUGGCCCCGUCAGCUAUGAAUGGCGAUUCCAUAGCGGCGCUUGAGGAGAUCAAGCCACCACCUGGUGUCGUCCUGCCUCCCAAGGAGAUCAAAGCUAUUCUGGAAAAGACAGCAGGCUACGUCGCUCGGAACGGGCUGGUGUUUGAAGACCGGAUUCGAGAGAAGGAAAAGCACAACCCGAAAUUCUCUUUCCUUAGCCCAAACGACGCAUAUAACGCGUACUACCUAUGGCGACUCAACGAGAUCAAGGAAGGGCGAGGCACCGCGAUUGCAGCUGGCAGAGCUGGCGAGACACCAGCAGAGGCUGAGAAGCCUCAAGGCCCGCCUGAGCCCCCCGAGUUUCACUUCUCCGCACGAAUGCCAAACAUCAGCGCUCAAGAUCUAGAAGUCGUGCGCCUGACGGCAUUGUUCGUGGCGAAGAAUGGCAGGCAGUUCAUGACAGCCUUGUCGCAGAGGGAGACGGGGAAUUACCAGUUCGACUUUCUACGCCCGAACCACAGUUUACAUAAUUUCUUUCAGCGGCUCAUCGACCAAUACACCACACUGUUACGCGCCGGUGGUAUGGAUGGGGAGGGUGGAAAGCUCCAGCAAGAGAGGAUCAAAGAGCUACAGGCCAAUGUUGAUGAUAAGUUUCACGUUCUUGGUAGAGCGAAGCAGAGGGCCGAAUGGUUCAAGUUCCAAGAUGCGCAGAAGCAAAAGAAAGAGGAGGAUGCUGAGAAGGAGCGCUUAUCGUAUGCUCAGAUUGACUGGCACGACUUUGUGGUUGUAGAGACGGUCCUCUUUACGGAGGCUGAUGAGCAGGUGAAUCUACCUCCGCCAACGUCGAAAUCGGACCUCCAAUUCGCGUCGUUGGAUCAGAAGGCGAUGAUGUCUAUCAACUCACACAACAUGCGGAUCGAAGAAGCUAUGCCAGAAGAUACCGAUUACUACAACUCAUAUCCUCAACCAGCGCAGCAGCCGGCCCCGUCACCCUCCCCACAGCCAGUGUACCAACCGCAGUAUCAAGAUACGCGCGUGAAGAACACGGAGGAAGAGAACGAGGAGGAGCAACGGAUCAGAGAGAGGAACGAAGCGAGACAACGUGCUCAGCAAGCACAGGCCGAAGCAAAGGGCGUCGCCGCUCCGAUGAAGAUCAAGGAGAACUAUGUGCCGAGAGCCGCUGCCAGAGCGGCCGCCAAAGCCAACAUAGUGAUAUGUCCGAACUGCAAGCAGCAGAUGCCGGCCAACGAGCUCGACGAGCAUAUGCGAAUCGAGCUGCUCGAUCCUCGGUGGAAGGAGCAGAAGGCCAAGGCCGAGAGCCGGUACGCAUCGACGAACCUCUCGACGGCGGACGUGGCAAACAACCUGAAGCGGCUGGCGAGCCAGCGCAGCGAUCUCUUCGACACGGUGACGGGGCAGCCCAUCUCGGAGGAGGAGGCGGCGCGCCGGAAGAAGGCGGCGACGGGGUACGACGGGGCGCCGCUGGAGAAGGGCGAUCGGGCCCGGCUAGAGAUGAUGCAGAACGUUAAUGUGGAGGAGCAGAUCCGGGCCAUCCACCAGAAGUUCGCUGCGGAGAAAAAGUAAAAUUAAUCCUUGCAUUUCCUUUUUCUUUUCCGUUUGCCAUGGAGCAUGGGGGACGGAGGGCGUUGCGGCGCGGCGAUGUAUGGAUGGAUGGAUGGAUUGAUAGAUGAUGGAUUAUGAUAUGCCAGCCAUCCCUUGUAACUUUCUUGUAUUACCACCAGCGACAAUAAGCAGCAAGCAGUAAGCAGCAAGCAGCAUGUUUCACCAAAACAAACCGCCUUGCCUUGCCUUCAGAGCCCUUUUGUCUCUUUUC